AUGAUUCCCCCUGGACUCCAGGUCCCCGCCAAGGCGCGCCCCGAAUUGCGCCGACUUUCACACGAUCGCGUCAGCUGGGCUCAGAACCUUCAGGGUCCGCGCUGGACGGACUCUCUGGAUGCCCCGGACGUGUUUUUGGCCGAAGCCGCGCCCGGGACCACUAGCCGAAUCCUGGCGCUUCGGUUCAAGCUAGACGCCGAGCUGAGGUUGGUAGCUCCGCUUUGUCGGCGGGAGACAGAGUCCUCUCCAUCUAAUCUACCCUCCCAUAAGGUCCAUAUCCAGCUUUUCUCCGGACUCUCCCUUCCUCCUCGGAUUACGAAAGGCCCGGCCACUGCCGAGUCUUCAAAGUACCAGAAGAUGGACCGCUCUGCCAACUUCACCUGUUUCUCUCCCACUACUUUGGCAGAGCCCAACUGGACCGAUCCUGGUCUCCUGCCCAGCCCGUCCGGCAUCGGUGUUAAACCCUUGUCAGUCUUCAAAGUCCUUAUCUUGACUUUGCUGGCCAUGCUGGGGGUUGCCACGUUCCUUUGGAACCUGCUGGUGCUGGCCACUAUCUUGAGGGUACGUACUUUUCACAGGGUGCCCCAUAACCUGGUUGCCUCCAUGGCCAUCUCUGACGUGAUGGUGGCUGCUUUGGUGAUGCCCCUCAGCCUGAUGUACGAGCUGUCCGGCCGUCGUUGGCGUCUGGGGAGGCUGCUGUGUGAGAUCUGGGUUUCCUGUGACGUGCUGUGCUGCACGGCCAGCAUCUGGAAUGUGACGGCCAUUGCACUAGAUCGUUACUGGUCCAUAACGCGGCACCUGGAGUACACGCUGAAGACCCGCCGCCGAAUUUCCAAUCUUAUGAUUGUGGUGACUUGGCUGCUCUCUGCUAUCAUCUCCUUGGCUCCGCCACUCUUUGGCUGGGGAGACACUUACUCCGAGGGCAGUGCUGAGUGCCAAGUCAGCCGAGAGCCUUCUUACACCGUCUUUUCAACCUGUGGAGCUUUUUAUGUGCCUCUCUGCGUUGUGCUGUUUGUCUACUGGAAGAUCUACAAGGCAGCCAGGUUUCGCAUUGGAUCCCGUAAGAGCAAUUCCAUCAGUCCAAUUACACCCGGAGUUCUAGAGCUCAGGGAGGAUUCCCAGCAUCCACAGAUGUUGUUCACCGCCCGCCAUGCCACGGUGACGUUCCAAACGGAUGGAGACACUUGGCGGGAGCAGAAAGAGAGGAAAGCUGCCCUCAUGGUGGGGAUCCUCAUUGGUGUCUUUGUCCUCUGCUGGAUCCCCUUCUUCAUCACGGAACUCAUCAGCUCCCUCUGCUCCUGUGACAUCCCGCCAGCCUGCAAAAGUGUUUUCCUUUGGCUCGGAUAUUCCAAUUCUUUUUUCAACCCUUUGAUCUAUACAGCCUUUAACAAGAACUACAAUAAUGCCUUCAAGAACCUCUUCUCCAGGCAACCAUAA